AUGGUCAACUGGGGUAUGAUUAACACGUUCAUCGAGAGGUGGCACCAUGAGAGGUCAUCAUUUCAUAUACCACAUGGUGAGAUGACGAUUACACUCGAUGAUGUCGCGUGUCUGCUGCACAUUCUGAUCAGAGGGAGAUUCCUGGAUGAUGAGAGGAUCGAUAAGGAGGAGGCGUUGGAUAUGUUGGUUGAGAUGUUGGGAGUUACCCCUGAGAGUGCCAUGGGAGAGAUUGACAAAACCCGAGGUAGUCACGUAAGGUACAAUUAUUUGGCUGUGGUGUUCAGGGAGGAGGUACAGCGUGCACAAGAUGCUCAUGGUGAUGCCGAGAAGGUUACCAUGCACAAGAGGUAUGCUAUGAGAGCAUGCAUUUUGUAUCUUGUUGGCACACCAAUUUUUAUGGACACCGUUGCCACUUACACUGAUAUCAUGUACCUUCGGUUUUUUGUUGAUCUUGAGACGGUCCACGAGUGGAACUGGAGGGUUGCUUGCCUAGUGUAA